GGGCGGGGUGGGAGGUUGGCCAGCUGAGAGGCGAGUUCCUGUUUACAUGGGAGAACGUCUCUGGGACAUAGACGAGAUAUGAGAUUUCAGGUAACAUGACGGAGGGUUACACGAUGGGGGUUGAGAGGGAGGAGUAUGUGGAGGUGAUGCAUGAUUAUUCUUACCAGCGGGAUGACCGCACCCUUCACAUGACCAAGGGAGAGAUCUUGAUGCUCCUCAAACGUUCUACCACUGAUUGGUGGCAGGUCAUAAGACAAGGAGAACAACGGCCUUUCUUUGCACCAGUGCAAUACAUCCGAGUAACAGCUAUACCCCAUGAACAAAUGAAGCAGUUUAUCAAACAAGGAAGACAACAGUAUAAGCCACAGCAGAAACAAAGUUCAGAUGAAGACGCUCCAAUCGGUAGACCACAGGUCUUACCUUUGCAGCAGAUGGAUAAUAAGUGUACAUCAGCUGUGGGAGAGACCUUGUCUCCCCCAAACCCAGUUCCUAGUCAGAGUUAUGUAGCCAAGAUAGAACCCAAUAGAGGAGCAUUAGAGAGAAAAGAUCAGUAUCCAUACAGACUACAAGGAUUUUCUUCCUUUAAAAGUGAUGCAGUGAAAGGCCUACCCCCAAGGAGCAGCAUCAAUGAACUACCUUCUCCAAGCUCCAGAACCUGUACACAAGGUGGGCACGAGUCUUCAUCAUCACAUACAUCAAAGUCAAGCCUAAAUGAUGGUAGCUUGGAGUCACUGAAAUAUCUCCAUUCCAGAAAGCAGGUGAUGAAGGCAGCUUCACAUGAUGAACUAACAUGUGGGGAAAGAAGUCACUCCACUUUAGAUAUUAGUCAACCUCGAGCAGCUAGUAGUGAAGAGUUAGAUGGUCAUUAUAGUGGCAGGGACUAUUUAUUUAAGAGUAACCAGUUAAGCCAUCGACAUAGAUCCAACUCUGUUGAUUUUAGAAUAUUUCAGAAAGAAUUAUCUUUUAGUGAAAUGAAGCAAGGAUCUCUCGACAAAGUUCGUAAACCAAGACUAUCAAAGGAUCCAGGCAACCGAAGGAGAUCGUGGGCAGUUGAAGAGCUCCGUGCAUCAGAUAAUUUACGACCGUCCCUAAAAAGAGGGGAGACAGUAGAUGCAGCUAUUGUACUGGACGUGCCACCCAAGCUCCCACCAAAACAAAGAAAGCACAGACUUGACAAUUUUACAGCCAGUUCAGAAAAUCUAGGUAAGUUAGAGGGACCAAUAGAUAUUAAGUUACAAGAAGUUAAAUUAAGGAAGUCUAUGGCUUCAUCUGCAACACCUGGGAAUAGUUUAAGUAAAAACUCGGAGAAAGGUCAUUCCCGGCAUGCCUCUGAUCCACUAAUAUUAUCAGAAAAUGAGAAGAGUUCUCUUGGUCGUCAGGAUGCCCAGGACUUGAAAGAUCCUCCAGUUGCAUUGCCAAGGAAAAUUUUGCCUCCUCCGGUCACACCAAUUGAGAAUAAACAGGAGGAUAAUGAAGGCACUAGUGGGAAUAAAGUGGGAAUGUCAACAUCUGCAAGUACAGGUAUAAGUGACUCACUGCCUAGAGAUGCAAAUGGCAAUCAGGUGCAGAAAAGCUCAAGUCAUAGUAGUCUGAAUAAUAGUUCUGUUAUUAAAGAUGGAGGAAUUCUGAAAAGGGGAGGUAGUUUGUCACAGGGAAGCCAUGGACAAAAAUUUUGUGUUAGUCCAGAAUCAGUUCAUAAAGUUCCUGGUACUCCAGAUUCUUUAAGAAAAGCAGGUGGUACUCCAACCUCUACCAGGAAGGAUUAUGGUACUCCCGAGUCUUUGAGGAAGGCUCAUGGGUCUUCCGGUAAGGUGUCAGGACUCAGGGAGACAUGGAGAAGCUUCAAGCAAAAAGGUGAAAAACGAGAAAGUAAAAAAGAAGAAGAAAAGGUGAAUGAAGAAGGUGGUAGAAUGUCAGCAAGAGAGACGCCAACACCAGACUCUUCACGGAGUGGGAAAAUAAUUCAGACUCCCCCUUCACCACAAACCAGUCCCCAGAGAAUAGUAUUUGACGAUUGGGGUGAAUAUAUUGAUGAGGCUACUAGAAGACCCUACUAUUACAAUACACGAACCCAUGAAAAGCGAUGGAAACCCCCACGAAAAGGAAUUCACUCUGUUGCCAUUCCUGAGGUUCCGCCAUAUGCUAAACAUGAGGAAUUGAAAGUUACCUCAAGUCGUGGGCCACCGAGGAGUCCUGCACCUGACUAUCCCAAUUCCCCAAAGUCCUCCCACAAACCCUUCUCUUAUGCUAAUAUGCCUGAAGGAACAUUUUCUUCAUCAUUAAACAGAGCUGCUACUCUUAAUCCAGCAUCAACUAUCUCCCAGCAUCAUCCUGUGGCAUCUUCUCUGACUUUGCCUGCUUAUGGUGUCUCCCCAAACAAGACCAUACCUUCACACCACUCUAUUCAUUAUCCCCUAGUUUCUUCUCUGAACCUUGUCACUCCCCCACUUGUUCCACCCAGCAGUGCUAAGCCCCAGUUUCCUGCCACCCCAACAACUCCAAACUCAACCGAAUUUCCAGAACUCAGUGAGGCAGAUCAAAAUUCUGCUUUGCUUGAUAUCUUGUAUGAUAUGAAUCCUCCAAAAGGCUGGUGCAAAAAGAUUGAUGCGCUUACACAAAGAGUUUACUUCUACAACGUAGCUACAGGUCAGCGGCCCAAAGGAGUUACGUGGGUGACAGAAUUGGAUAUAGCACACCACGACAACAAGCAGUACAUACGCAAGAGUUAUCAAAGUACAAUGGAUCUUGAUAAAGAAAUGCAACUUGAUGCAGAUAUUUUUGAUGAUACAAAUCACCUUUCAGAAGGUUCUCAAAGGGAUGACGAUACUUCACUGAAUCGCUUAUUGGCUAGUAAUUCAAAAAUAUUGGGGCACAUGCCCAAGCCUAAUGUUACUCAUGAUCCCAAAAUUCCACCAAAAAAACCUCCUCGAAAAUCGCAGUUGUCUGUGCAGCCAUCAGUGCCGCUUCAAUCAAAACAGACAGAGGUUGUGACUAUUUCUUCCCGGCCACGCUCACCUGGUGUUCAGACCCGCUGUAUAUUGACCCCUCCUGAUACUCCAUCUAUAAUGGAACCUGGUUUUAGACUAUCUUCAUUUGCACCACGCACAAAUACCUCAAACAAACCAGGCCAUUCCAGAAGUAAGUCUGAAAGUGUGAAAGUUGAUGAGCUAAAGUUAUUGGAUAUUAGCUUUCAAGAUCCUUCAAUAGCAUUUGCAUUAGGAGGAAUGGUUGCUUACCCCAAGUCACCAUCUGCACAUUCUACAAGCCCCAAGUCACCAUCUCCCGGCUCCAUAAGUCCUAAGUCACCGUCUACACGUUCUGUAAGUCCCAAGUCACCAUCUACACGUUCUGUAAGUCCCAAGUCACCAUCCCCCUAUGUUAAAAAACAUAAGUCACCUUCCAGACAGGUUUUAAAUCCUGAGUCACCAUUACCAUCCACCUUACAGAAAACAAAGUCACAUGCCACAAUCAAAUCACAGAAGACCUUUGUCAAGGCUGAGGCUUCUACAAAACAGGAAGUAUUAUCCAAAACAUUGAUUAGUCCGGGAAGUUGUGCACAAAAAUAUGAUAAGCCAACCAGUUUGUGUCAUUUAGCCAAUGCCCCUCCUUAUUCAAUGGAGAAAGAUCAAAGACAGAAACAGAUGGAAACAGAUAACCCAAAUAGUUUGCCAAGAGAUCUAUAUAGCGAGAUUCUAAAAGAGUUAAGUAUCCAUAAUGUAAUGUCAUCCCAGUUGUCAAAAGAAAACAAAAACAUUCAAGGAACAGGAGAUUUGCAUACUACUAUUGAGUACAAGAAACAAGGUAGUGAAAGUGCUGCUUCAUGUAUUAGGAGUGAGGGAGAACACGUGUUACAGAAAACAAAGCAAAAAGAUGUCUUUAAUUUCUCAAAUUAUUCUCAACACAACCAAUCUCUGAAAAUAAGCACCUUCAGUGAAGGAGUAGGUAGAAGACCUCGAUCAAAUUAUCCUCCCAAGUCACUCAACAAUGUUCGAAAGUCAACAUUUAUUAGCCAUGAUGAGAUUGGGUCCAUCCUUGAAGAUAAAUCUCUCUCUUAUUUAUCAAGGACAACUCCACCAGAAGAAAAAACCUUUCAUGGGGGCCCAGGUGUUGAUCCUGUGUCUCCACAAUACAAAAGUUAUGAUCAAGGCAGUGAAAACCAGUCGGAUGUGGAUGAGUCUGCCUUAAUUGAUGACAAUGAAGGCUUCUCACCUACUAUGCCUUCUCAAUAUAUUGAAAGUGAUCAAGGGAGAGAGCGCAGGAAAUCACAAGAUUCUGAAAAGUGGUUGGCUACGAAUAAUGAUGAAGGGAAGAUCUACUACUAUGAAGAGUCUGGUUCUAAAAGUCUGUGGAGACUGCCGCAGAUUGACGAUUAUGAUGAUGCCUCAGUGGAUGGCAAAGGGACAACAUCACCUCCUGAGAACCUUAGAAUUUCCAGAAUUGUAGAGAAUCUGCAAGAGUAUACAGUGAAGGAAGGAUUCCUGUAUCGCACUUUUCUCUUACGAGAGGGUAAGAAGGUACGGAAGAACUGGACACAAUCUUAUGCCCGCUACCUUAUGGCAAAUUUUGAUAAAGGUUACAACGGAUUAUUAUAUUUCUCCAAGACAAAGGAUGAAGAUAAGAAAGCCGAGGAAUUUGAGUUUUACCCAACUUGUCACUUGGAACACACUACAGACAAGAAGACCAGCAGACAACAAGUACUGGGGUUACGGAAUGGGCUUGAGACAGAGGUGCUUCUCCAGUUUGAUGAUAAAUCUAUUACUGAUGAAUGGUUUAAGGUUCUUUUAGCACAUGAUGGAAUGCAGUAUACUGCUCCCACGACUGAGAAGGAGGAGAAGAAGGGGAAACGUGGAUCUGAGAAGAUUAAGCGUGAAGCAAGUGUUGAGCACCUUAGCCCUGACAGUAAAGGCAUCACUGAUAAACUUCGCAAUUUUAUAAAGCGAAGGCCAUUAAAAGAAACCUUGGAGAAGAAGGGUAUAUACAAAGAGUCUGUGUUUGGCAGCACAUUAGCUGAACUCCGUGUACAAGACAAAACAGCAAUUCCUAUAUUUGUUCUUCAGUGUAUCAACCAUAUUGAGAAAACCCAGGAAAAUUUACGUACCGAUGGAUUAUAUCGGAUAUCCGGCAAUGCUGCCCAAAUUCAGAAGAUUAGAUUUGAGGUUGCUCAGAGAAACUACACCAUAUUGAGUCGAGAAAAGGAGAUCCAUAAUCUGUCUGGGGCCCUGAAGCUGUUCUUUCGAGAGCUUAAGGAACCUUUAAUUCCCUUUGACAACUACCAGGACUUCAUUCAAGCCACUGGCUCUGAAUAUCGAAAAAUGAACCAACAAGCAGACAAAUUGACAAAAGCAGUAAACAAACUGCCUCAAGAAAAUUAUGAUACGCUGAAGCUACUUCUUCAACAUUUACUGAGAGUAAGUGAAUUUGAGAGUGAGAAUCGAAUGAGCAUCUCCAACUUGGCCAUUGUGUUUGGACCAUGCCUUCUGUGGCCACGAGUUACAUCAUCUCAUGACCUCAUGACUGACGUCAUGCUACACAAUCGUGUUAUUGAGGGAAUUCUUGCUGAUUUCCCAAAGAUAUUUUCCUCCAGAAAGUGAUCAAGAGCUUACACUGAUUUUCAAUCUAAUCAAAGGGGUUUCUUUAAACUGACCCAUAAAAGGUUUAGGUUUUACACUGUAUUCAACACUUCUUUUUAACCAAGACUCAAUAGCAUAACAUUAACAAACUUACUUGUAUGAAAAUUUUUAAUUACUGUACCAUCCAUUAUUUCUGGUUUGUAAAAGCUGCUUAGUUUAUGUGUUAGGCAGUGCAAGCUAUGGAAUAAAUUGCAGUCUGGUGUAAUUGUUUGUAAGAAUAAUGACAGGUGGUUUCUUCAAAGUUUGACAACAUUGUAAUCACUGUUAUUGCUAUAUGUUGCACAUACAGUAGAUUUGUUUUGAAGAAUGCAGUAUUCACCUGUGCACAUCAUGUAUAUGAUAGGAAAAUUAAAUUACACUUUCUUGGCUAAAAUAGCAGGAGUAGUAAUUUUGCAAGGGAAUAUCUUCUCGUAUACUGCUUUGCAUUCCGUUGAAGUGUGUGUGUGAGGUGCUAUUUUAUCAUCUUUGUUUUUCUUCUCUGAUAGGUAUAAAAUUCAUAAAAUUUUAUUUUAUCCAUGUUAUGUUAUAAUUUGUUCUACCAAGUACCUUUCCUGUUCUUUAUAAUAAAUGAUAUGAAGACAAAAAGACAGUUUAUAUAUUAACUGGUAUUUUUAAGGGUUUGUUUGUGCCUGCAUUUGUAAAUACAUGACUCAGUAUUGUGUAUUGUUAUUAUAGAGAGCAGUGAGCUCUAUCUCCAAGUCAGCUUUGUAUAGUAUUUCUUUGUAUGUAUUCAUUGUAUAUGUAUCUGAAGCUGUAUAUUUUGAAUCCAUAUACAUCAGUGUUUUUGGAUGUUGUACAGUAUAUUAUUAUUAUUAUUGUCUUCAGUCAUUGGUAAAUUGUUUGAAGAGAAACUUUAUGAUGUUGCCACAUUAUUUAUCGGGUGGUGACAUGCUCCACUGUGGGAAUUCCAAGAUUCUUAAUGUUAUCAUGUUAUUGGACAUUGGUGGUUUUCAGUUUCUCCAUCACCAAAAGUUGUAAAUAUCAUUAUAAUGCAUUUUAAAUUUGCAAGUGUUAUUAUUAUUAUCUUUAAAAUUAGAUUUUUCUUCUAUAUAGGAUUAAUUACAUUAUUGGAUGUCAUGUGGAUUUGUGCCUUUGACCUCCAUUGCUAUGCAAAUCAAGAGUCUACUUUAAACUGGACACUAAUACUGUAGUGCUCUCUUUCUGUUGUCACCAUUGUUGCAUAUUUUACAGUGUAAUAAAAAAAGUUAUGUG